CAUUCAAACGCAUUCUCUCUCCACUUUCUGCCUGCAGAUAGACCAUGGGAACUGUGAUUUUCGGAUCGGGUAUUGUGAUCGCUUUUUGCCUGGUGGGAGCAGGGUAUACUGUUAUAGGAGUUCUGACCAUUGUGGCCGUGACACUGGCUGGUGUUAUAGAUUACUUGUAUGUCCCCAUGCCUGCUACUGCCGAAUAAAAGUUUCAAAGACAGAAAUUAAUGGCAGGAUUACGACUCCGAAAUGCCUUGAAAAACUCAAAGUUUUGGCGAGGGAAAGAACACGAAAUGCAGAUUGCUCGUGGGAAUAUCUACCCAGAAACCACAAGCAAUUCAAAGGAUCCAAUAAUUUCAACGGAGGACACAUCGAUAGAAAGGGUACCUGUUCGUAUCUAUCGCCCGGCCGAUAUGAGAGAAGUGGAGAGACUUCCAGGGGUUGUGUAUCUUCAUGGAGGGGGGUUCUGUAUGGAUGAAUUUGUGAACUACGAUCUUAUGAUCUGUCGGAUGCUGAAACUGAGGAGAAUGGUACUCAUAUACGUCAGAUAUCGUCUGGCACCGGAAUUUCCAUUUCCAGCUGCGGUGGACGAUUGCUUUGCAGUAACACGAUACAUACAGAGAAAUACAGAACAACUUAAUAUGGAUUCUGAAAAACUUAUCCUGAUGGGGGAUGAUGCAGGCGGAAAUUUGACCAUGAAUAUGUUAAUAAGAAUGAUUUCGGAGGAUGGACUAGACCUGCCAAAAUUCAAAGUCCAGAUAGUCUUGGUUCCAUUUAUUCAAGCAUUAAAUUUUAUCACUCCCUCCUAUCAAAUUUGUGACAAUAUUAAAGCACCAACCUUUCCGAACGCUGAAUUUAUGUUAAAAUCUUUGAUCACCUAUGCUCUUGGUUUUGCGACUCUGGACAACUCUGAAAUACGGAAAUUAUUGGAAAAUGCUCACUGGACGGACGAAAUCAGAAAAUCUCAUUUUCCAAAACAUGUAAGACCCGAUGUCCUUCCAAAAAAUUUAGAGAAACCAAUGGUUAAAAGCGCGAUGUCCAAGAAAACGGAUUCCGGAUUGGCAAGAAAGUUGAACGACAAGUUUUUAGAUCCUAUGUUUUCCCCGCUCUUUGCGGAUGACGAAAUUCUCAGAAAUUUUCCAAAAACGUACAUUUUGUCUACGGAGAUAGACUGCUUACGGGACGAUGCCUUUUUCCUCGCUGAAAGAUUACGUCAACUGGACGUUGACGUCACGCAUCGUCAUUGGACCGGAAUGGACCAUUCAUUUCUGUUCCUCGAGUUUUAUAAGAACUCUUUUAAAGCCUUGCAAGAAAUCAUAACUUAUUUGGAUAAAAACUUAUAGAAAUGAAACCAUACCUUUUGUUGAUGGAAUAAUUAUAUUAAUGUACUCGAAUCGUAUGUAAUUUUAAGAAGAAAACUUGUGUUUAUAUGUCCCGAUGUUCUUUGUAUUAAUAUUGAUUAAACAGUUUAUGCCUGGAGUUCAAA